AGAGCACCCCUUCCGCGCGAGCCCUCCCCGCCUCCGAGCUCCCAGCCUCGGCCCCGGGUCUACUCCCUCCCCCGCGGGCGCGCGCUCGCCCGUCCGCCCGCCGCCUCCUCCUCCAGACGCCGCGGAGGAAGGGGCGGCGCCGAGGGAGGGGUCCCUCCGCCGCGGGAGGCCGCAGCGCCCGCCCGUCACGGCGCCGGCGCCGGCCGGGAGAACCCGGAAGUGGCCGAGCAGCACGCUCGCCCGCUCGCCUGUCCCGCCGCCGCCGCCGCCGCCGUCGCCGCCCGGCACUCGGGGGAGCGCGGGAGCCGCGCCAGGCACACGAGCGCGCGGGGCCGACGGGCCAUGGCCGCGGGGGCCGCCGCCGCAGGUGGUGGCGCGCGGUGAGGAGCGCUGCGCCCCCUCGGGGCGGAUGGAACGGGGCUGGGCGGGCGGACAGUGCCGGCGUCCGCGGCUGGUAUGGUGCUGGCGGCGGCGGUCGCUGCCUGCGUUCUGAAGCCCGCGAGGAGCCACAAUGGAGACGCCGCCACUGCCUCCCGCAUGCACAAAGCAGGGUCAUCAGAAGCCCCUCGAUUCAAAAGACGAGAAUCCUGAGAAACAUUGCCCACUGACGGUGAACCCCUGGCACAUGAAGAAAGCCUUUAAAGUCAUGAACGAACUCAGAAGUCAAAAUCUGCUGUGUGACGUCACGAUUGUGGCAGAAGACAUGGAGAUCCCUGCUCACCGCGUGGUGCUGGCGGCCUGCAGUCCGUACUUCCACGCCAUGUUUACAGGUGAGAUGAGCGAGAGCCGAGCAAAGAGAGUUCGAAUAAAGGAGGUGGACGGCUGGACCCUGAGGAUGCUGGUCGAUUACGUUUACACGGCAGAGAUUCAGGUCACAGAGGAGAACGUGCAGGUCCUCCUCCCAGCAGCUGGCCUGCUACAGUUACAGGAUGUGAAGAAGACAUGCUGUGAAUUUUUAGAAUCCCAGCUUCACCCUGUCAACUGCUUAGGAAUCCGGGCUUUUGCUGAUAUGCAUGCAUGCACAGACCUCCUGAAUAAGGCCAACACGUAUGCAGAACAACAUUUUGCAGAUGUCGUACUUAGUGAAGAGUUUCUUAACCUCGGCAUCGAGCAGGUGUGCAGCUUAAUCUCCAGUGAUAAACUCACCAUUUCCUCCGAGGAGAAGGUAUUUGAAGCAGUCAUCGCCUGGGUAAACCACGAUAAGGACGUAAGACAGGAGUUCAUGGCUCGGCUCAUGGAGCAUGUCCGAUUACCUCUGCUUCCUCGGGAGUACUUGGUGCAGCGGGUUGAAGAGGAAGCAUUGGUGAAGAACAGCAGUGCGUGCAAAGAUUACCUCAUUGAAGCCAUGAAGUACCACCUGCUGCCGACAGAGCAGCGCAUGUUAAUGAAGAGCGUGCGGACCCGCCUGAGGACGCCCAUGAACCUUCCCAAAUUGAUGGUGGUGGUCGGGGGCCAGGCACCAAAGGCUAUCCGAAGUGUGGAAUGCUACGACUUCAAAGAAGAACGGUGGCACCAGGUGGCAGAGCUGCCUUCCAGGAGGUGCAGGGCAGGGAUGGUCUAUAUGGCUGGGCUGGUCUUUGCUGUUGGUGGCUUCAAUGGCUCACUAAGAGUUCGCACUGUAGAUUCCUAUGACCCCGUGAAAGACCAGUGGACCAGCGUGGCGAACAUGCGAGACCGAAGAAGCACACUUGGAGCCGCGGUGCUGAAUGGGCUGCUGUACGCCGUGGGGGGCUUUGACGGCAGCACAGGUCUAUCGUCUGUGGAAGCAUACAACAUAAAAUCUAAUGAGUGGUUUCAUGUCGCCCCAAUGAACACGAGGAGGAGCAGUGUGGGUGUUGGCGUUGUUGGAGGUUUGCUCUAUGCCGUGGGGGGUUACGAUGGAGCAUCGCGCCAGUGUCUUAGCACAGUAGAAUGCUAUAAUGCUACUGCAAACGAGUGGACUUACAUAGCAGAAAUGAGCACCAGACGGAGCGGAGCAGGUGUUGGUGUGUUAAACAACUUAUUAUAUGCUGUAGGAGGUCAUGAUGGUCCUUUAGUACGAAAAAGUGUUGAAGUAUAUGACCCCACCACAAAUGCCUGGAGACAGGUUGCAGAUAUGAACAUGUGCAGAAGAAAUGCAGGUGUCUGUGCAGUUAAUGGUCUGUUGUAUGUUGUCGGAGGAGAUGAUGGUUCCUGUAACUUGGCGUCGGUAGAGUAUUAUAACCCCACCACGGAUAAAUGGACAGUUGUGUCCUCUUGUAUGAGCACGGGGAGAAGCUACGCAGGUAAGGCUACGUCAUCCUGUCUUCUGGCAUAUAGCGAAACUGAUAUCAGUUUCCUGUAAGAAGAAAGUUUUCUGUUCUGUAUGCUUAAACAGUGGGCCUUGGGUGUGUGUAUUCACAGAAGCACUGGCAUUUUCAUCGUGUAAUACCUAAAAUCCCUAGUCUACAGCUCAAAUGUUCUUAAUAAAUUUUAAUGACUUAAUACCGUAUAUGAUGGCGAGUUGUUCACUAUGCUGUAAGGCUGUAAUUCCUUAACUAGAGUGUAGCUCAGGUGGCUCAGUGGGCAAAGGCUCUUGCCAAGCUUCGUGACCUGAGUUCAGUCCCUGGGAGCUACCUGCUGAAAGGAGCCACAUGACUCUCAUGGGUGGUUUUCUUACCUCUAUGUGUGCUUUGUGACACAUAUGCCUUCUUUGGCCCAUUAAAAAGAACAAGUGUGACUAGCGCCAUGCAUUGCUCCUGACCCAUGGGAGAAUGCCUUACUUUAGUACAUCAUUGGUUGAAUUAUGUGAUUUCUGGCCCACUCUCUCAAUAAAAGAAAUUAUAAUAAUCUUUACUAUAAUGAUGUCUUUAAGAUGUCUUAUAGGCUGGGUGUGGUGGUACAUACCUUCAAUCCCAGGACUCAGGAGGCAGAGACAGGCGGAUCUCUGUGAGUUCAAGGCCAGACUGGUCUACAGUGAGUUCCAAGACAGCCAGAACUACACAGAGAAACCCUGUCUUGAAAAGCCAAAAACAAAAACAAAAACAAACAAUAAAGCCCCUACAUAUUUUUAAUAUGUUAACUAAUUCUGAUGAUGUUUUUGUUUUUUAUGAUAGCUAAUUAUGAUAAUGUUUUAAGUAUUAAAAUGUUAAUAGAGUUAAUAUAACAUUGGGGGAAAGUUAAUUUUUACUAAUUAAUCAUUACUGCUGUUUCUCCAUCUUCCAAAAUGACACUUUCCAGAAGACUAUAUAUAGCAGGAUCACAGAAUAAAAUCAUGUGGAUUUAGGAAAGAAUUUUCCAACAACUUCAUUGAGUCAUAACUGACAUGAAACAGCUACUGUGUAUUUUAGUGUAUCUUUCUACUGAUACUCAUACAUGACCACAAGAUGGCCACUACGACCACAAGAUGGUCACCACAACAUAUCCUCCUCCCCUGUGUGUUUGCUGACCCUUCAAGUGUCAGGUGCAAUUUUUUAUUUUCUGACUAAAGCAAAUUCUCUCCAAUAAUAACUUCAUAGGGAAAAAGAAAGUUCUAGGCCAGGUAGUCUGAUGUAGAAUUUAUUCAGGCCUAAGUGGAACUUUCACAGUUGUGUAUGUUGAGAUUAGCGGUAGGGGCUGGAGGGAUGGCUCACUGCAGGAUAAGUGGCUUAGGGAUAAGAAUACUAUUUUACAGAGAACCUCUGGCUCCAGGACAACUCCUCCAGAAUUGUGGGCACCUGUAUGCACAUGUGCACAGACCCAUACUCAGGCACACACACAUACACUGAAUUAAAUGAUGAAAAUAAGGUUGGUUUGGUUGUUUCAUUAUUUUUUGUUUGUUUGUUUGUUUGUUUGUUUUAAGAAAAGUUUUUUUUUUAAAGAAAGAAAGAGAGGGAGGAAGAGAGAGAGAGAGAAGAAAGAGAGAAAAGAAAGAGAGAAAAGAAAGAAACCAGUAAGAACUGGAAGAUGGUGCAGGAAUUGAGUGCACUUGUUGGUCUUGUGUAGGACCCAGGUUCUAUCCCCAGCAACCAUAUUGUGGUUCACAAUUAUCUCUAACCCAGUACCUGAAGAUCCAUGCCUUUCUCUGACUUCUGAUUUCAUAAGGCACACAUAUGGUACACAUACAUACAUGAAGGCAAAACACUCACAUAAAAUAUGAUAAUCUAAGUUUUAAAACAUGAUGCUGCUAAGUUGGAGGAAAGGCACUUGGGUGUUGCCCGUGGCUUUAGCAGUACAGGCUUCUUGAUUUUCUCAAAGGCGCAGAGUGUUGCCUGUGACAUGUCUUAUCUUU